GGCCGGCCCCCGAGCACUUCGGCCCCUCGGCAUUUUGGGGGCGGACUCGGGGCGCACGCUUCGCGCCCCGAUCGCGGUGACAAGCGCUCCCGGGGCCAGGAGCUGGGCUGUCUGGCGCGGGGAGGGUGAGGACACACGGUGCUGGGGCUCGCACGGGACCCGGGACGUCGCGAUGAACAUCGUGGUGGAGUUCUUCGUGGUCACUUUCAAAGUGCUGUGGGCGUUCGUGCUGGCCGCGGCGCGCUGGCUUGUGCGGCCCAAGGAGAAGAGCGUGGCCGGCCAGGUGUGCCUAAUCACAGGCGCGGGCAGCGGCCUGGGCCGCCUCUUCGCUCUGGAGUUUGCCCGGCGCCGGGCACAGCUGGUUCUCUGGGACAUCAAUACGCAGAGCAAUGAGGAGACUGCAGGCAUGGUUCGUCACAUCUACCGGGACCUGGAGGCGGCCGACGCCGCUGCUCUGCAAGCUGGCAAUGGUGAGGAGGAAAUCCUGCCCCCUUGUAACUUGCAGGUUUUUACCUACACUUGUGACGUGGGAAAGAGGGAGAAUGUCUACCUAACAGCUGAAAGGGUCCGCAAGGAGGUCGGUGAGGUCUCGGUCCUGGUCAAUAAUGCCGGUGUGGUUUCUGGACAUCACCUCCUGGAGUGCCCUGAUGAGCUCAUUGAGAGAACCAUGAUGGUCAACUGCCAUGCACACUUCUGGACCACUAAGGCCUUUCUUCCAACGAUGCUAGAGAUUAAUCAUGGCCACAUUGUGACGGUCGCGAGCUCCCUGGGAUUGUUCAGCACUGCUGGAGUGGAGGAUUACUGUGCCAGUAAAUUUGGAGUUGUGGGUUUUCACGAAUCUCUGAGCCAUGAACUAAAGGCUGCUGAAAAGGAUGGAAUUAAAACAACUUUGGUCUGCCCUUACCUUGUAGACACGGGCAUGUUCAGAGGCUGCCGAAUCAGAAAAGAAAUUGAGCCCUUCCUGCCCCCUCUGAAGCCCGACUACUGUGUGAAGCAGGCUAUGAGGGCCAUCCUCACCGACCAGCCCAUGAUCUGCACCCCACGCCUCAUGUACAUCGUGACCUUCAUGAAGAGCAUCCUUCCUUUCGAGGCGGUCGUGUGCAUGUAUCGAUUUCUAGGGGCUGACAAGUGUAUGUACCCCUUCAUUGCGCAAAGGAAACAAGCCACAAACAAUAAUGAAGCAAAAAACGGAAUCUAAGACUGCUUUGUACGGAGUGCCAUUUCGGUCAGGACGAUCCGGUCUGUGCACAUCAGCAGUGCUGACAGUCUCUGGAUUCUAACCCCGUGUCAACUUUUUUUUUUCUAAUCAACUUUUUAAAAAAUAAUAAAAUGUAAAUUAACUGACUAGAGUGCUUGAAAAAUGUGAGCUUGGGUUUUUGCCAAUGGGGCCUUUUUUAGACAGGGCCCUAAAAAUGAGUCCAGUAUUUAGACAAGCACUAUGUGACAUCAUUAUUUUUUUAAUGAACAAGGAAGUCUAGAAAUGAUGACUACAGUGUGUUUCAUGUGUAUGGUUCUUCUGAAUUCCCACAGAAUCCACUCAUUCCUUCAUUCAUCAUUGUGAAAGUCUGGCCAGGUGGCACCCUUGCGCGUUCAAGGACUGGCAGUGCCACGUUUUGUUGUGCAUUCUGGGUUCUACUCAUGCAAGUGUGGGUGACUUGCUCAUGGUGUCUGUGGGUUUAGCUCUUGCUAAGAGGAAUUUUUGAUGUCAGUUUGAGAUCAGUGCAGUCUGAACGUCGCAGCAAAGGCCAGAGGGUCUCUCUCUCACACUUACGAUAACUAAAAUAUUAGGUGAGUUUUAAAUUCGAUCUCUGAAAUACUAAAUUGACUGUUUAGAGACCUGGUUAAUUGAAACGAUUGUCCAUUUUCUACCUGUGAAUUUCUCUGCAUAAAGGGCCCUUUCCUCAGGGAGCUGUGGAGUCACGUUUGGGGGAGGGGACCUUGUCUACAGAACACAGCAGCUUUACAAGGACAGUUUCAGAAAAUGGGAAUUUCUGCAUUAAAAAGUCCCCAUGUUUGUGCCAACUCUGGUUAGUGUGGGGAGCAGAUCUCUUAUGGAGUACUGUGGAAGGCUGUAAAGGUUCCUUUGAAAGGUCUAUUCACAUUGUAGAACAGCAAAUGACAUUUUUACAGUAUUUUUUUGUAAAGCAAACUAUUUUGUGCCUUGAAUUUGGUAUAUGUGUAUUAGUGAAACAUUGUAAAAGUGAAUCUCUACCUCUGUGUCUACGUGUGUAUCAUCCUCUUGUAAAUGACUAUGAACUAUUAUGUGAUUGCUUUUGUUUGUUUGUUUUAGGGUGUCUUGUUUAAACAGUGACCAAUGUUUAAGGCUGUUAAAAUAAGCCUACUUUUACUAAUCGGGAAGUUUUCUAAAGGACUAAUUAAAUACUUACGUAACUGGC